AUGGGGUCCUGGUUCAGCUCAAACAAAUUCAGUAAAGAAGAGUUGGAAUUAGCUCUUAACGAAGUCAAGAAGAUAGUCUCCACUGACCCUGUUGUUGUUUUCAGUAAGACUUAUUGUGGGUUUUGCUCGAGUGUCAAGAAGCUGCUCACACAGCUUGGAGCUAGGUAUAAGGUCAUUGAAUUGGACCAGAAAAGUGAUGGAGAUAAAAUUCAGUCAGCUUUAGCGGAGUGGACUGGCCAAACCACGGUACCUAAUGUGUUUAUUGGAGGAAAGCACAUCGGUGGUUGCGAUGCGGUUACAGAGAAGCAUCACAGAGGUCAGCUAGUGCCACUUCUUACUGAGGCCGGUGCCAUUGCCGGUAACUCUGCUCAGCUGUAG